AUGGAUGCUGAUUUCAGAUGGACUGCACGAAACUACUCAUUUUUCUGGGGACGUAGCCUCGACGAAGGAAUAAAAUAUCGCCUUGGCACAUUGUUCCCUGAGCAGUCUGUACAGAACAUGAAUGAGAUCGUGAUCAAGCCACGCGAACUAUUCCCGUAUUUUGACGCGCGAGAGAAAUGGCCAGGGAUGAUUCAUGAUGUUAGGGAUCAAGGUGAUUGCGGAAGUAGUUGGGCUGUAUCUACUACGACUAUAUCAUCAGACAGGUAUAGAUUUUUCCUACGCAUU